GUUUACACCGAGCCGAACAGACAGAACCACUCAGGAAGCGCGUGAUACGGAACCGAAACGCGCGAGCCCGCGAAUGAAGCGUGUGAUCCGGAUGUUUCUUUCCGCUCUCCUCUUCCUCAGCUUGAUGUGGAUGGUUCAUGCCACCGUGUCAGAAACCCCACCCACUAGCCAAUCAGGGCCACCAUGUGUGAACUGGGGUGUGUAUGAAAGAGAAGUGGUGAAAGUGUAUGAAGGUGAAGCGGGGAGAAUACACUGCCCACUCUUCUCACACUCGAAGCUGUAUAACUACGCAAAGAUUCAGACCACGAGACACACACUGCUCUGGUACCGACAUACACACGAGCUUGAGGAGCCGGUUGACCUCAAGCUACCGAAGUUCGUCAAACACAGAGACUCACUGUGGAUACAGCCAGCUAGCAUGCAGGACAAAGGAGAGUACAUCUGCAUUCUCAGGAACAUGUCCUCGUGUGUGAAGAUCAGUGUAAGAUUGGAUGUGGUUCCCCGUAAAGGUCACUGUGACGACACGCUGCACCGUAACAUCUCUGUCCCACUGCAGAGCAACUACACACUUCGCUGUCCCAACGUGCAGUACCUACCAAGCAAAAUGGACAGCAUCAUCUGGUACCAUAACUGCAGUCGUACCUCAUCCGAUGGCUUCAAAGAACUGCGCGGAGAUGAGCUUGUGAUCUUCCAAAUGUUCAUUUUAUACAUCGGUCGUUACACCUGCAUCGUCACCUACCAGAGCAACGGACUUUCGCUCAACUACACAUACACCAUCACCCUCAGAGCCGUGUCCAACGAGGGGCACAAAGAGCCAAAGAUACUGAAUCCAGCUGAUCGUCAGAUUUACACCGUCAGCGUGGGAAAGACUGCAACGUUGGCCUGCUGUGCGUUCUUUCCAUACCUUAAUGAUGAGGAGCUGCAGGUGUGGUGGAGCAUCAACAACAAGACACUGGAGGAACUAUUAGAUCCUCGAUACACCUCACCUCCAGUCAAGGUGCUACUAGAUGAUUAUGGUGACCGUCAAGUGCAGAGAGUGUUGAGUGUGUCACCAUUUAAAGAAGACGAUCUGCACAAAGAGUUUCGCUGCUCCGUUCAGAACAGUAAAGGAUUCCAGAGCAAAGCUGCCACAUUGAAGAAAGAAGAGUACAUUCCUGCUGUAGAGCUCGGCUGUGGUCUUGGUGCAACUCUGGUUGUCGCGUUGUUGCUCUUUGUGUUGUAUCGUGUGUUCUGGCUCGAGGUGCACCUUCUCUAUCGCUCCUGGUUUGGCACGGACGAGAGAGACACAGAUAAUAAGGAGUAUGAUGUGUACAUCUCGUACGCACGCAACACUGAGGAGGAGGAGUUUGUCAUGGCAACGCUGAGGCGUGUUCUGGAGGCAGAGUUUGGAUACACCGUGUGUAUAUUCGACAGAGACAGUCUGCCAGGUGGAACUGUGACAGAGGAGACUCUGCAAUUCGUCAGUCGUAGUCGGCGUUUGCUGGUCAUACUGAGUGCAUGCAGUGCAUUUCGGGAUGCCCAGGCUCUCCUGGAGGUUCGGGUGGGUGUGUCUGCCAUGCUGCGGGGUGGCAACGUGAAGCUGGUGCUGGUCCAGUUUAAACCGACUCACGUGAUGCAUGACAAGAGUCACAAACAGGACACGCACAAGUGCGUGAAAGAGCUGCGCCGCGCACGUAUCGCUCUCGCGCUUGUCCGUUGGGAAGGAGACAAGUCGACCUCGCUCACGUCUCACUUCUGGAAGAAACUGCGGCUACAGCUGCCUGUCCGCACGCUGACACACACUGCGAAACAUACGCAGGAUACUUCACAUACUGACGAUAAACAGAAAUCGGAGAGUAUAGGGCUAAUGCUGGAAACGUAACAUACGUACGACAACACAACACCCACAGACGCAUGACACAAAACAUAAUCACCAUCGCCACCAUCAUUUUUGUGGGCGUGUCCAACAAUAAUGUGACUCAGGGUAAGAAAAUUAACCUGCAUUACUUGGUUAAUUGUUUUUUAUGCACAAAAAAAGUAUAUUUUAUAAAUGCUUCUGCUGUUAAGGGUCAUGAUAAAGUGUUUUUUAUCAUUAAUUAAUCAGUCUGAACAAUGCAUUUCAUUCAUAGGAAAGUAACAUGUCAUGUGAUUGAUGCUCGCUAAACAUAACGUCCCUUUUCACAAAGAACAGAAGUACGUGAACAGAAGUACGUAAAAGAUUUCUGCUGUUCACGGGACGAUUUUUCUACCAAAUAAAUAAACACUGAUGUGUAUCAGUUCACUCGUCAUUGAAAGACGUUACUCUCUUCACUGUUUUCAAAACGGAAAUUCAGGAAUAAUUCUUAUUAUUAUUUUUAUAAUAAAUUCUUCAUAGGAAACUUAUUUCGCAGCGAUCAGGAAGAUAACUAGCUUCGUAGUUACAUCAUGUUGUUUGUGUAUUAUAUUACACGUUACCAUUUUUUAAUUCAUUUGCAUUCCUCACUUUUACGCAACGAUAAAAUUGUAUGUAGGUCAAGCAGUUGGCUAAAUGGUGCUGAGUUGCUAGCAAACACUCAGUGGUUUACUUUUUCUGCUGAAUUUUUAAAGGUCAGCCAGAUUCACUUUGUUUACAUCUCUAAUUAGCUGAAGUUAGCUAUGUUAAUGCUAGUUUUCGACAAAAAUAUAGCACGUACCAAUGUGAAAGUGCUAACACCAAUAAUAGCACCAGCCUUUAUCGUGUUGUAGCUUCAUUCAGGGCGACUUCUGGCAGGAAAAAAAACAACAAAAAAACACAAAUGUGAAAAGGACCCAUUGCUUGCACUUUAAUAGCUUCAUAAACUGCAGUAUUCUGUAUAUUUAUCUUGGUAGUGUUAUGUUUAGGAGUUGCCACUAGAGUAAUUGAGUUUAACUGAUUUGCGAGUUAGCUAAUAUCAUUCUAUACAAAAGUGUUACCCAAAGUAAGGUAUUAAAUAAGCCAGGAUACAGGGUCCUUUGGUAAAUUAUCGGUAUAACGUGUCAUAUUUUUCACACACUUGCUUUCAAAUAUCUAAAUGUGUGUGUGUGUGUUUUACACAACCUGUAAACAUCAUUAAGCAUUUCAUUGUGUUACAGUAUUUAUGCCAUUCAGCCAUUUUGCUUUUAUUUGUCAUGAAUUCAUUGAUCAUGUGAUGUCAUUUCAACUGUUAUUACUAAAAUGAAUAAACAUCAUGUUCAUA